UUUUUCAAUUAAAUAUCAGUAAAAAAUAUAAAAAUGGGUAGCAAAAUUGAAACGAAUUGCAAAGUGGAUCCAGUAAAAGUUCCUUUGGAAACCGACCAAGGUAUUAUUGAGAGUGAAGAGAGAAAAUGGGGGAUACCGCUUAAAGACGUGUAUAAGUAUGGACUUGCGUUUUAUAAAGAUAAGGAGGGUAAAGCCCUGCACCUCAGCUAUGAAGAUAGGCUGAAACUGGUAGCGUACACGCAGCAGACAGCACACGGGCCUCUGGACCCACACUCGGCGUCUCCGCUCGGGGUGCUCGACGUGAUCGGGCGGGACAGACGGGCGGCCUGGCAAGCUCUCGGACAAAUGACACAGAUACAAGCUAUGGCUGGAUUUGUUCAUACUCUCGACAGGUUGUGUCCUCUGUUUAAGCCAUACUUGGAAGCAAUUCAAAAGGAUUUAGAAAACAAAAAACAGCAAGAGGUGAGGAAGGAACAAGAGGAACGUUCCCGCGCGGAGCUGCAGGAGCGAGUGUUGCUGGAGAAGCAGAAGCAGAUGAACAACAAGCACUCCGAGGAGGCACAAGUGCAAAGAAUAAAAGAAGCGUUGAACGCGCAGACGUACGAACAGUUCCUUGCGUACGCGCAGCAGCAGUUUCCGGGCAACUUCGACCAGCAGGCCGUGCUCAUACGCCAGCUGCAGGACCAACACUACCAACAGUACAUUCAGCAGUUGGCCAUAGACCAGAGGUUGGCCAAUUGCACCAUUACAGACUCUGAGGACGCAGACCCUGUCAUAGAAGAAACCGUGAAGGAUUGUAACUUGAACGACACUGUGGCUACCGUGGACAACAAAUCAAUGCAAACGUCAGACAAGGGCGACGCUGGUGAUUUUACUGAAGAGUCGAGAGAAGAUGAUUCAGAGGGAGAUGGCGAUGACGUGUUCCCGCCGGUGGAGGAGGCGCGCAUGUGGACGUCAGCGUCGGUGGAGGAGUUCAAGGCGUCGGCGGGCGCGGGCGGCGGGCGGCUCACGGUGGGCCACGGGGAGACGCUCACCGUGCGCGUGCCCACGCACCCGAGGGCGCGCUGCCUGUGCUGGGAGUUCAGCACCGACCACUACGACAUCGGUUUCGGGUUGUACUUCGAGUGGAGCAAGUCCCCGACCACAGAAGUGACGAUCCACGUGUCCGACAGUGACGAAGACGACGACGUGGACGAUGACGGCUACGGUGACGAAGAGGGCGCCGCCCCGGGCGCGGAGCCCCGCGCCCCCGGCGACCCCGAGCUGGGCGCGGGGCGGCGCGCGCUGGCCGCCGCCAAGCCGCCCGUGUCGCAGGUCGUGCCCGUGUACCGCCGGGACUGCCACACAGAGGUGUACGCCGGGUCACACACAUACCCCGGGGAAGGAGUGUACCUGCUCAAGUUCGACAACACAUACAGCCUGUGGCGGUCUAAAACGUUAUACUACAAGGUUUACUACACACAGUAAUAGAUAUACUAUUAAAUGUACCAUUUGUAAUGUAAAAUACAUGACAAAUAUAUCGUUGAGGAUAGUUUACAUUACAAUUCUGGUGAAUAUAGACAACGGCGUGGACUCGUUUAGACGCAAACUGGGUUUAAAGCUUAACCGUUCUAAAUCUAAACCAGUGGCACGUUAUGGAGUAGUUCUUCGAACACCGGAAGUCAAUAUUGCCGUAAACGAAAAAAUGGCGGCGGAAAGCAAUUGGCAAUUUGGGCGGCAGGCAAGAAGGAAACAACUGCCUAUUUUU